AUACAUACUCACACAACACAUUGUACCUCGACUCAUCAAGUCGCAUUUGAUAGGAAACAUGUCACUCCUGAGAUUAGUCAUUUCCAGCUUCGCCAUCAUAGCUAGCUGUCAAGCUAGCGGAAUUGGUCACCUUGUACCUGCAAUAAAAUCAAUACCGAUCGUUCGGUAUGCUCCGUUCUACAAUUUUCCAAAUGGAGUGAGAUCGAUUCAUGCAGUAGCUCCUCCCGCGCCGGCCUUCGCUCCUGCAUUACCUGCACCAGCACCGCUGCUGCCAGCUCCGUUAGCAGCACCGCUACCUCCAUCUGCCUUACCUGCGCCAUUCCUGCCGGCACCAGCUCCGGUGUUGCCAGUACCCGCAUUCGCUCCUGCACCAGCGCCAGUAUUCGCUCCUGCACCAGCGCCAGUAUUCGCUCCUGCACCAGCGCCAGUAUUCGCUCCUGCACCAGCGCCAGCAUUCGCUCCUGCUCCAGCGCCAGCUUUCGCUCCUGCAUACGCCCCGGCUUUCCGUGUUAUCGCUCAAGCACCUCCAGUCAUCGCUCCCGUGCUUCCAAAAAUAGCUCCUGCUGUCUCAGCCCUUCCCCCUGUCCCUGUUGUAGGACCUACCCAGUUCUUUAGAGCUUUACCCUCUCUCCCAUCCGUUCCGUUUUCACCUAUCGUAAGACCUGUCGCAACAGCGCUCCCGGCGCCUUAUUUCACGCCAGCUGUGGCUUCGGCUCCCGUGGCAGUAGCAAGAGCUCCGAUAGCACUUCCCUAUGCAAGCCACUUUCCCCAUUACUCGAAAUACUUCAGCCCUGCGCCAGUGUUGUCCGGUCCCAUAGUGAAGCAAGUCGCGUGGAAAUGAUUCAAUCUCGAACUCGCCGUGACUCGGGAGUACUGUUAUCUAGUCUAAUUCAGUAGUUCUUAAUAAAUUGUUGUUCGUUGUCAUAAUUUUAAUCUUAAGGCUGU